AGCCAUUUUGGCUCAGGCCUGCCUCGGGCGCGCGCGCGCGGGCGUCUGGGCAUGAUGGCGCGGGAUGUCGCCCCGUGUGGCGACAGUCGGCCUGAUGCGAGCGGCGGCCCUGGCUGGCCAUCCUCGGCCAAGCGUCGGGAGGCGCGCAAGGCAGCGGCUGCGGCGGCUGAGGCAGCCGUGCACCGCCUGUCGCUCGAGGCGCGGGCCUGGCGCAGGCUCUGCGAGGACCUGGCCGCGGCCCUCGGGGCUGCGGGCGCGGACGGCGAGCUGAGCAGGCGUUUGGCAGCGGCCGCCCCUGCCUUGGCUGCCCUCAUCCGUGGGGAGGUGCCGAGUGCGGUCGAUCGCCUGAGACGGAACGUGGCCCUCCAUGCGGAAGCUGAGGGCAUCGACCUGCUGGGCGCUGGGGCUGCGCAACUCCGCGUGGCGCAGCACGGCCCGAGGCUCGGCGCAAAACCCGCGGCUCCCGAGGCGGGCGCCUUCGGUGGUGCCUUAGGGGAGCGGCGGGACGGUGAGCCUGACGAGGAUGUGUGCGCACUGCUGGCAGGCGCGGGGGCGGCGGGCCCGCUUCCUGAACUGCCCGCUGCUGCGCUGUAUGCUGUGGACCUGGAGAAGGCCCUCUCGGAACCGCGGCUGGCGCCAGGCAUGUGGGCAAAGGCGCAUGCCGAGACGGUGACCUUCGUUUCGGGCCUGGCGGCGGGGUGGCACCUGGCUGAGCGCGAGCCGCUGCUGCCACCAGGGAUGCGGUGCACGUCUGGUGCCGUUGUCUUCUCGGCCCCGCCGGUGGCCUCCGAGGUGCCCCUGGCGGCUUGGCAGACGGAGUGCGCCCUGGCGCCGCCGCCGCGCCCAGCGCUCCUGGAGUGCAGGUCAGGAUCGCAAGUGGGAAGUUUGGCAGCCGCCGCGGCCGCGUCCGACGACUUGCUGCUGGGCGCACUGGGCAUCGUGGGCUACGACGGCGAGAGAGUGUGCGGCGGCGACGGGGACGACCGCGGCGCCUUCGUGGACCAUGCCGCGCCUGCGGCUGGCGUGUCCUCACCGCUGCUUUUGUCCGUCGGUGGCCGCCUGGGCGAGGCCGUCAGCCACAACGACACCGACGACGACAGCGUAGGCGGCCAGGGACAGGAGCAUGCCGACUGCGAUGCUGCUACUGCCUGCUCCGCCACCGCUGAGGUGGCGAUCGGUGGAGUGAUCGCAGACUACCUCAGCGAAAACGAAGCCGCAGUCCUCCGUGGAGACGGAGACGGCGGUCGAGUUGCCGCGAGGCUCGCUGAGCUGGCCCUGCCGACCGAGGGACGCCGAGGGCGACGUGCGGCGAUGGCUUACCGACUGGUCGAAGGUAGCUCACAUUUGCUCCCUGCAGGAGCAGUUGCGGGCUGCUAUGAAGGAAGCGCAGGUCCUGCGCUGGAAGGCAGGUUGGCUCGAGAUAGAUUCCAUCGGAGUGAGGUGCAGGGCAGGCGUGCCUUUUGUCCUUAAGGAAUCUGGGGCCGCCAGCUGCCAAUUAUUCCAGGUGUCUGGGAGGCCAGCCUCGAGGAGUCGAUCGAGGUGGAGCCCCAGGUUUGUUGAGUCGGGAGGUCAUUCAUCGCCUCAUCUUGGAAUGGCGAUUGGGAUCGUGAGUGAUUUUUCGGUGGGUGAUGCCUCCUGCAUUUGAAUGUACGCGUGGUGUAUUUGCAGUGCAGUCGAGCUUGGGUAGUGAUCAUGCGUAGCUUCUGUUCUCGCAGUGCUUGCAUGAUUGGCUGGGCGGGUUGGGGACCAGAGCCAGUGGCUUUGCCGUCCGCCUUCCCUGGCCCGUGUGGAGGGGCGGCCCUAGGUGGCCCCUCUGUGGAGGGCGUGUCUCGGGCGGCGCUGGAGGCCCCCUGAGGCCCCUCGGCCCUCUUCUCUUUUUCCUGCCUUUAAGGCCCCGUCUUUAACUUUAACUUUAACGCUCAUAGCACACAGGGGCACUGCAGAACGCACAGGAGCACAGCAGAACACACAGGAGCACGGCAGAAAACA